AUAGUCCUAGCAACAUGGCGCCGAAUUUGUUCGGCAGUUCAGCAACUUUAUUCCUCGAAGCUUCCCAGCAGGAUGUGUCGCAAAAAAAAUCGGCGGCAGAGAAGGCUGUGACGCAACAAUUGUCAAUUCAAAAGACACAAACCUUGAAGCCUAAAUAUCAAUGGAAGAUUGUUUGGAGAAACAUGAUAGCUUUUGCUUACCUUCAUCUUGGAGCGCUUUAUGGAUUGUAUAUUUUAAUAACGGUUGCCAGAUUUUACACGUUUCUUUGGAGUAUUUUUGUUGCUUCUUUCGCUGCUGUUGGUGUUACAGCAGGUGCUCACAGACUAUGGGCUCAUCGGGCUUACAAAGCGAAAUGGCCAAUGAGAAUUAUUCUUAUGCUUUUGCAGACCACAGCUUUCCAAAAUCACAUUUACGAGUGGGUGAGAGAUCACCGAGUUCAUCAUAAAUUUACGGACACAAACGCGGAUCCGCAUAACGCACAGAGAGGCUUCUUCUUCUCGCAUAUGGGCUGGCUUUUGCUUCGUAAGCACCCGGACGUCAUCAGCAAGGGAGCCACAAUCGAUAUGAGCGAUCUCGAUAAAGAUUUUGUUGUUGUCUGGCAACGCAGGCUUUACAUUAUUCUGAUGCCUGUUUUCUGCUUCCUGCUUCCUACAUGGAUACCAUGCCAUUAUUGGAACGAGAAACCCAUGUACGCGUGGUACGCCACCCUUUUCAGAUACACGUUGUCGCUGAACGUGACCUGGUUGGUGAACUCCGCGGCUCACAUUUGGGGCAUGAAACCGUAUGACAACUCCAUUAGCCCCACCGACAGCUACAGUGUUGGCAUCGGCGCUUUCGGCGAGGGUUGGCACAAUUAUCAUCACGUAUUCCCGUGGGACUACAAGGCCGCCGAAUUAGGCAACUAUCGCACAAACUUCACUACCGCCUUCAUCGACUUCUUUGCUUGGAUUGGUUGGGCGUACGAUUUGAAGACCGUGGGGCACAGCAUGAUAAAGAAUCGUGCCGCCCGAACGGGCGAUGGCUCGAAAUACGAGCGAAUGAACGAUCAUGAUCAUACACACGAAGGAGCUAUAUGGGGAUGGGGCGAUACUGAUAUGGCACCUGAAGAUAUACAGGAGGCCGAAAUCAUCAAUAAGGGCGACUAAGCCUCGUAAUUCAGUUACCUCCGUACGGCAUUACACUCGAUCGGAGUUGUGCAGAACGUGGACGUCCAACAGGGUAGUUUAUGGUUUAUAAUAUGGUUUAUAAUAGUAUUGCAAAUUUGUAAUGAAUUUAAUGUUCAGUGUUUGGAAGAUUUGGUACAUCAAAAUACAUCAUGUAAGAUAUUAUACAA